GCAACACCAACCACAACCACACUUCAGUACAUCAAUAUAGGAAUCCUUCACGAAUAACGUUGAUGAGUCUUGUCAGUAUCAAACUGCCGUGUUCUGGAUUCCAAUUCGACGUUCUCCUUCAAUUCCCACACCUCAUAUAGUACCACCACCACAUUGAUGUCGUGAUCAUUACACCAACCUGCCACUUUUAUCACCCAUUCAUUACUUGCCUAGGUAGUAUCCACAUCUCGGCCGAGAACUUUCAGAUCAUCCCAGUACUCAGUCUAAAUAAGUAACCAGAGCCCGAAAAGAAUCUCGAGAGAGAAAAAAAAAGCUCCACCUCUUUUAACCACACUACAGAGUAACAUACAGGGAGCUGGACCCAAUUGAAUUACUGUCGUGGACAGUGAUCAUUGGAGAAUACAUCACAAAUUAUAGAUAGAGUUGAGAUGACCUCAAAAUCGAUGGUCGGAAAUAGUCGCUCAAGCUUCAUCAGCAAUGGCUACACUUCUACGAGACCUGCCAUCUUGGGCCUUGCGAAGAUUCUAUUCUUGAGUAUCUGCCAAAUCACCUCAGUAUCUGCCGCUCCUAUUACAGCGUUUCUCGGGAUUGCCAGUGAAGAGGAUGCGCCAAAAGAUGCCGAAGAUGCAAGCUUAUGGUUAUAUCUAUCAGUUGCAGCUGUUCUGGUUCUACUUGGAGGUGCUUUCGCGGGAUUGACGAUUGCAUUGAUGGGACAAGAUGGCGUUUAUUUACAAGUUAUCGCGACUUCCGGUGAAGGAAAGGAACAGAGACAUGCACAAAGGGUAUAUGGAUUAUUACAGAAGGGUAAACAUUGGGUUCUUGUGACAUUGCUACUCAGCAAUGUCAUUGUCAACGAAACGCUGCCUAUCGUACUCGAUCGAUCACUCGGUGGUGGAUGGCCUGCGGUUCUUGGUAGUACAGUUCUGAUUGUUAUCUUCGGAGAAGUCAUUCCUCAAUCAAUUUGUGUGCGAUAUGGUCUUUCUAUCGGAGCAUUUAUGGCACCACCUGUGCUAGGUCUUAUGUGGCUAUUAGCACCUGUUGCAUGGCCAACUGCCAAACUUCUCGAUAAACUACUAGGAGAGGAUCACGGAACCGUAUACAAGAAAUCUGGUCUCAAGACACUUGUCACUUUGCACAAAACUUUAGGAACAAGUCCUAGCGAUCGAUUGAACCAAGAUGAAGUUACAAUCAUCAGUGCAGUAUUGGACUUGAAAGAGAAAGCAGUUGGAGAUAUCAUGACACCAAUGGAUGAUGUCUUCACUAUGAGUGCCGAUACGAUACUUGAUGAGGAUACUAUGAACGUCAUUUUGAGUGCUGGUUAUUCUCGAAUUCCUAUUUACGAACCCGGAAAUGAGAAGAAUUUUGUCGGUAUGCUUCUGGUUAAGAUUCUCAUUACAUACGAUCCGGAAGACUGUAAACGUGUCAGUGAUUUCGCCUUGGCUACUUUACCGGAGACUCGACCUGAAACUAGUUGCUUGGAUAUUGUAAAUUUCUUCCAAGAAGGAAAAUCUCAUAUGGUACUUGUUUCUGAAUAUCCUGGCGAGAACUUUGGUGCUACCGGUGUGGUUACAUUAGAAGAUGUCAUCGAAGAGCUAAUUGGAGAGGAAAUUAUUGAUGAGUCUGAUGUUUAUAUUGAUGUUCACAAAGCCAUCAGACGAAUGGCCCCAGCUCCCAAAUCUUCAAGAAUCAAGCCAAAUCAAGUCGUUGAACCGCCGGCCAAUGGUUCCCUUAAAGGUGCCGAGGACAGUCUCAUUGAUCUCUCGGAAGACCGUCCAAAUAACUUGCAUGCUGGCGGAAGGAGACGUAAUCAAACCGAUGUUAGAAGCGUCAGCCCUGCCAAUCAUUUCGGUACUAGUCCCAAGACGACAUUCAUGCGUAGAGUUUCAACAGGUGACAACGACAGAAACAUCGUUGCCGUCAGAGCUAAUAUGAAUGAUAUGCGUGAACACUUGAAACAUCUAGGCCCAUCCAAUCUUGCUAGUCGACCAAAGAUGACAAAGUAUCAGUCUGUCAAAAUCAAGCCUGGAAACGUUCUUGCUGGUAAUAGGACCGAUUCCAGAACGGACUCGAUUCCUCAUCGUGGAUCUGUUGUCGAGGAAUCUGAAUUUGAGCCAUACCAUGACUCUCCAGGACCUCAUGGUGGUGAAGGGGAAGGGUUACUCAGAUCAGCCGGACAAGACGCCAAAGAUGGAGUUCAAGCUUUGCAACAAGGUUAUGGUACUUUAAGCAACCGCAUUCCUAGUAAACUUGUCGAGGAGGAUUCGACCAAACCACCCCAAUAUGAUGGUCCACUCAGCCCAGUAGGGCAACCACAAUCACCCGGCAACAAUCUUUCGAUCUCCAACUUUUUCAACAAAAACAAAAGUACAGAUACCGUCGGAUCCCUACCAUCUCAAAAAAGCGGUACAAGUCCUCCAGCCAAACCAUCCAAGAAGAGAAGUACAGCUAGAAGUGGAAGUAUCACAGAAAACUUGGUAGAAGCUGGUGGUAUUAGAAAGAUGGUCUUGGAGACAAACGCAAGUAGUGAAGAGGAAAAUCAUAAAGAUGGUAGAGUACUACACUCAAGUAGUACUGGUAGUGGAAGCAAGAGUGCUAAUGGAGGAGAAAAUAAGUUCAUGCAAUUUUUGAGUAAUGCAGCAAGCACGGAUAAAUUGGCUGAUGGAGAGAGGAAGAGUCAGAGAUCUAGUCAGACGGAUAAUACGGGGGCGGAUAGUGGAAGUGGUGUUGGUAGUUCGAGAGGUCAUAGUAAAAAGAAGAGUAAGAAGAAGGGAAAGAAGAAGAGUAGUACAAAGUAGAGAGCGGUGGUGAUAUGUAACUGUUUUCAGGUGUAGAAACGUUGUAGGUGAAAAUUCAGAGGUGGAUGAAGAUUGCUUUUAAAUUGCUAGGAAUGGAAUGAAAGGGGAAGAAGAUGGAUUAAUGAUAUUGCAGGCUAUUAUGCGAAAUGAAGGAUGCGAAGUACGGAAGGUUGGGUGGACGGUGAGGGUAAGGGUUUCUGUAUUUAUUUAUGUAUGUAUAUAAAAGUUAUUCAAUGAAAUGAUGUGAUCGCUGGCGGUCGCAAUCAAUUCCCGA